CGCACGCUUGAUCUGGACAACACCAACAUCGGGGCAUUGACUGGCCUGGCUGUGCUAAACCUGAAUGGCGACGAGGACGACAGUCUGCUCAAAGGAAUGCGUCUCAUCUCCCACGGUAUGUGUGUGCAAACAGAGGCGGCGCGGGGCGGAGAGGGGAGGGAGGUUAUUGUUGGUGAAUUUACAUGCAGUUUGUAG